AUGGCAGAUGAGGUCGAACCCAAGAGGCUGAGCCAACCAUUCUCAAUCCCAGACCCUACCAGCUUCUCCAACUUCCAGCGCGACAUCUACCAAUCCUUCCGCCCACCGCUCUUCUCAACAAACCCCACAGAAUGGGAAUCCCUAGCCAAGGCAAAGAUCCCCGCCACCAAUUUCGGCUACGUCCAUGGUUCAGCCAGCAGCGCUGCUACCGCCAAAGCCAACAGUGAGGCCUUCGGUCGGUAUCGUCUUAAGCCGCGCUUUCUCGUUGACGUCACCACGCGUGAUGUUGACGUUGAGCUUUUUGGUACAAAGUACAAGAGUCCGCUGCUUGUAGCGCCUAUCGGUGUACAGAGCAUCUUGCAUCCUGAUGCGGAGGAAGCUACGGCGAGGGCGUGCCAUAAUGCCGGUGUGCCGAUGAUUUUAUCGACUGCUGCGACGCGUACCAUUGAAGAAGUUGCUUCGGCGAAUGCAGAUGGUGAUCGAUGGUAUCAGCUCUACUGGCCAAAGCCGCAGUUUGAGGAAGUCACAGCUAGUCUUCUCGCACGCGCAAAAGCUUCAGGCUACAAGGUCCUCGUCGUCACGCUUGAUACCUUCUCACUCGGCUGGAGACCUACAGACCUGGACACGUCGUAUUUGCCGUUCAUCUGGGGCCAGGGCUGUCAGAUUGGCUUUUCGGAUCCUGUUUUCAAUAGGUUGUUUGAUGAGAUGCAGAAGAAUGACUCGAGGGGUAUUGCGGAGAAGCUUUCUGAGCUCUGGACGAUUAUGAGACGGCCCGGGACUGUCUACGGUGCGGCUCGAGUUCUCGCCAAUGCCAAGACUUUGAUCAAGUCGAAAGCCUGGAUUGAUGUGAUCAACUCCGGUACAUAUCGCUCGUGGAGUGACCUAAAGAUCUUGAAAGAUCUCUGGGACGGACCAAUUGUUCUCAAGGGGAUACAGACCGUCGAGGACGCCCAUCUCGCCAUUGAGCACGGCAUCGACGGCAUAAUCGUUUCCAACCAUGGCGGCCGUCAACUCGACGGCGCUAUAGCCUCACUAGAUGCACUGGCGGAUAUCGCAGCUGACAAGAAGGUCAAAGACUCAAACCUCACGAUCAUGUUUGACAGCGGUGUUCGAACAGGUUCAGAUGUACUGAAGGCAUUGGCCCUUGGUGCAAAGGCCGUUUGUAUUGGAAGACCCUAUGCGUAUGGCCUUGCGGCGGGUGGACAGGAGGGUGUCGAGCAUGUUUUGAAGUGUUUGUUGGCGGACAUGGAUAAUAUGCUUGCGAAUGCUGGGAAGAAGAGCGUGAGGGAUUUGAGUAGGGAUGAUCUUCAGAUUUUGCCGCUGUCCAAGAUUUGA